AUGUGCUUACACUAUCUGCACUCAAAUUACACUGAUCCUCUGGCGUCGGAGGAAAUUGAUAGUCAGUUUCGAACACUGUGUCUUCUUCAUACCAAAAAUAUUCCACUCGAGUUUGUGUUUGACAACAAGGAGAAGGCCCGGGAAGAGAUUAGGAGAUUUAUCGACAAUUUCUUCGACAGAGCUUUAUGGGAUAUAAUUAUAGUCCCAUCACAUCCAUAUUUGGGUCAUAUGCCCAGUGGUUUCCAGCAUUCCAAUUUGUUGAAUGGUCCAAUGACUACAAUAUUACAACAUGGGUUUCAGCAUAAUUAUUUACUUAAUCAGCAGGAUCAUAACAUUUUUGAGGCUCAACCUCCUCUAUUACCACCCCAAGAAGCAUAUGAUGAUGUGCCUGAUCAGUAUCAACCUAAUGUUGACAACAAUAAUAGAACUUUAUUCUUGACAUUCUCAAAGGGUCAUCCUGUUUCUAAAGAACUCAAAAGCUAUUUAAACAGGAAAUUUGGAGAUUGUAUAGAGUCAGUCUUUAUGAAGAAGCCUGUUCAUCCAAAUGACCAAUCACUGUUUGCUCAAGUUGUUGUUAAGUCUGCGUCAGACGCUACAAGAAUUCUUGAUAAACCGGACCAUGAGGGCAAAGUCAAAUUCUCAGUUAAUGGGAAAGAUGUUAAAGCCAGGCGAUAA